UUAUCGGGUAGUAAUGUAGAUAAUCUGCGUCCUUUUAUCAUAUAAAAGUCGAAGAAUGAAAUCCACCAGUAACAUUCAGCUUCUCUCCAUCGCUAGGAUCAUUCAACUCUUCGAAAUCAUGUACUAUAAGACUGCUCUCUUCGUCCUGGCUCUGGUUGGUGCCAUUGCUGCCCAGCAACAUCACUACGAGCAGUAUCAUCAUGAGGAGGAGCAUCAUGGCCCAGUUCACUACGAGUAUCAUUACGACAUCCAUGACGAUCACACCGGAGAUGUGCAUGGCCAGAAGGAGGAACGCAAGGAUCAUCAGACCCAGGGCGAAUACUACCUGAUCGAUGCCGAUGGCCACAAGCGUACCGUGACCUAUCAUGUGGAUGGCAAGAGCGGAUUCAUCGCUCAGGUUCACCGGGAACCGAUCAAGGGAUACCAACAGCCUCAGGAACAUCAUCAUCAUCAGACUCACAAGGUUGUGGCUGUUCCAGUUCAUCAUGGAUACCAUCAUUAGAAAAUCUUGCGUUUUUUAGUCGGUAGUUAGCUCAAUUUUAUGUACAAACUGAAAUAUAAAUAACAAAUAUCAA